AUGAUCAACCUUCGGAGUUUACCCCAAAUGAACCAUGCACUCACCAGGGACCAUGCGAUGCACAAUGUCCUUGCUCACGAAACAAAGCGCACUGUGCACGGGAAUGCCGUUGUAGCAGAGACUGUUCAAGACGAUGGCGUGGAUGCCGCUGUACACGCCGCAAGCAUAUGCGAACUCGAGCGUGUGACACUGAUCGCUGUCCAUGUCGCCGCGCCAACCACAUCCAUGUCGAUUACUGCAGAAAUUCUCAAAUUCAGAAGGGCCGACAAAAGAUUCGGAGUAAAGCACAGCGACUUCGGCCUUGGAGUAUUUCUUAUGCAAUCUGCCAAAGAGGGGGAUUUGAUUGCUGAAUACAUCGGGGAGCUGAUCUACGAGGCGACGUUUGAUUCAAGAGGCCAACUCUCCAACCAUCGAGGACGCAGCUACGUCUUUGGAAUAGACCCUUCGCUGAGCAACGACAGCACCUAUGCAGGCAAUACUACACGGUUCAUCAACCAUGCGCCUGAAAAGAAGGCGAACUGCAUCGUUGGCAUCCGUAUUGUACAUGGGGACCAUCGUAUCGGAAUCUAUGCAAAGAAAUCACUUGCAAAGGGCGCAGAACUUUUUCUGGACUACGGGCCGGAGUUCUACUUCUGA